UUUCAUGUGCUUCGAUUGUGAUUUGAUUUGAUGACAAUUAAGAUUUGUAAUUAACUACACGACUAUCCUUGGGUAAUCUGUCAACGUGCAUGUACAUUCGAUGUGUCUGUUUGCACUGGAUCCAUUCUACUUCGUCGCUCGCGUUGAAAAGGUUUCGUUUUGGUCUGUGUAAAUUCCAUUAGCACCUCGAAUCACAACAUCGAUUUGCAUUUAGAUCAAAAGUGGCUUGAAAGACGAGAACAAACAGUUUUGCGACGCCAGACAGUCAGUGGAACCGCAAGGAUGGUAAAUGUACUGGUUUCGCUCUGCACGUUCGCUGUAAUUUCUUGUAUUUGCGAUAGCAACGCAGCAGAUAAGUUGCUUUACAAAGACGAUCCAUCUAUCCACAACCCGUACCGUCCGCCAGUGAAAGAUGAUCGUUCAGGAGCCUUUAACAUGACAGCGCGACAGGCACUGAAAGCCAUCGAAGAGGUGCACAACGGCACUGUCGACUGCACAACAAUGCUGGCCGAGAGAAGCUUGAAGCUUUUGUAUUUUAAAUACGAGAAUAGCGUCUACACCACUCAAGCCAACCUCGCCAUUCGCACAGCAAAUUUAAUCUCCGAUCUGUUACCAACGGGCUCCGCUAAAACAUUGAAUAUUUCCGGGAAACCAGUGCUGAAGACGCACAGGGAAGUUCUUCACGCGAUUGUAAGGAACAACCUUGAAAAUGACCCGCUUAUUGUAGGUUCAGCGAUCAUUUUUGACAAUAACAGCUUUAUAAACAACUCGUUUUAUGCACCGUACGCCUACAGAAACGCAAACGAUACUUUCAUUAAAGUCACAGAUCUGUCUGCCGGCUGGAGUUAUCUUCACGAAGCAUUUGUGAGGCUAAUGAAGUCUAAAUCACGCGGAAGGCCUUUUCCGGAGCGAACCACAUACUUCUAUGAACAAAAUGAUAUUUCUUCCGCACCGAAACGGCUAAAACUCACGCACAAGUUUGUGGAGUCUAUCGAUGGACUAUGGAGCCGUCCUUACUUCGAGUGCACCACAGCGAGAGCCUGGUUAAUAACGUACACUUCUCCUAUACUUGGCAACUGGGACAGUAAUGGAUCGAUCUCCUUCAUGGGCAUGACUACAAUUGAUAUCGCUCUUACGAAUGUCGACAUAAAUCAGUGUGACAAGGGGUCUGAGAGCAAGUUUCAGUUCGAAAUUUUCGCUGGUACUCAUCGAUGUAAAAAUGAAACCACUCAGUGCCUGCCUGUAACUGGACUCGGUUUCAGAGCCGGUUCCUACAAAUGCGUGUGUAGGCCUGGGUACUAUUUCCCGAACGUUACCUCUCACGCGAAAUAUUUCAACGGAUCUGAAAUCGAGGCCGCAGCCGUUGAGCCAAGUCACAGGUAUUACUCGAACCCAGACUCCUUUCAAUGCAUCAAGUGCCAGCCUGGCUGUGAUGCAUGCGUGGAUGAUUCCCCGUGCAUUGUAACAUUGAACUGGCCGCUAAGGAGAGCGUUGAUGGGUUUGACUGUAGUCACUAUCCUGGCCGCCAUUGGGAUAAGUGCGUUUAUUUUGUACUUCCGUGAAUUGAAGGUUGUGAAGACGGCUAGUCCCCAUUUUCUUGUCAUUAUAUUAGCAGGAUGUAUGUUGUCGUAUAGCGAGAUUCUUGUGCUGUAUCCUGAAGCGCAGAAUACUUUAUGUAUCGUUCGUCUUUGGUUUCGCCACAUUGGAUUUGGACUUGGUUUCACCUCAUUGCUCCUUAAAACAUGGAGAAUUUCCGUGAUAUUUCGUGUUAAAUCUGCACAGAAGAUAAAGCUUACUGAUCGCCAUCUUCUCCAGCGCCUCGCUCCCAUUCUGGCGUUGUACGUGGUUUAUCUGCUGGCCUGGUCACUAGCCGGCCCGAGUCACGUGGUAGAAAUGAAGAUGCCAGGGGAUCUUAAGUUCCAUGAGUGCUCCUUUGACUGGUGGGACCAUGCCAUUUUGAUAUUUGAAAUACUCUUCUUGUUCUGGGGAAUCCACCUGUGCUAUAACGUCAGGAAAGCGCCAUCCGCCUUCAACGAGAGCAAGUUUAUCAGUUGGUCAAUUUACAAUUUGACUGUGGUCACUUUCUUCCUCAAAAUUACGAGGCUUUUCAUUGGGGACCUGGCGGGACCUGAUAUGAUUUACCUGCUGGAGUUCUUCAGAGUUCAGCUUGCUGUGUCCGUUUUGGUUGGGCUCGUAUUUGUUCCCAAGAUUAUUCGUGUGAUUAAGGGACGCGGAGACGUAUUUGAUACUAGUGGUAGGAUUGCGUCUAUAAAAGGGGCUGCCCUCAAUAUGGCAACUGGACAGUCCUCUGAAGGGACGGUGAACUUGAGCCAAGAAAAUGAAGAUCUUAAGGAGGAGAUACGUAAACUUUAUGGUCAGCUUCAACAGAUGAAAACCGCCAACAUGGAGGCUGGAAACAGGCAUCUGGGUCGGUCUUCAUCCCUUCUGUUUGGCGGAUCCACUCCAUCACUCUUGAGCUCAACACCUAACAACAACGGAAGCAUGGCUUGUUUGGUGAGCUCUGUAAGAGAGAAACGACCGCAAAGACACUCGCCAGCGGCUGAACUUACGAGCGACUUUGUUUGACGACGGUUCCUUAGGACAAUGCUUUGGUAGCAUAUCUCCUCAAAGAUUUUACAUUUUUGCAUCCUCGUGUUCCUCAUUUUCCUUUGAUCAUGUUUUUUAUAGAUCUUCGAAAUCUACAAAAGAGUGGAACAAGACACCACGUUAAUUGCUUAUUACCAAAGUCAAUACCUUAAAUCAAACACGAAUCACCACUUAAUGCCAACAUUUUUUAACAUUUUGCGAUUGAUUGUCACAAUCAUUACUCAAGCCAUGUUUCUUGUUGAUUAGAUAGCUUAAAAUUCCAUCACCAUGCAUGCAUCUCUUGUAUAGAACGCUACGAAUA